AUGGCUACUAUCGAGCCUGAAGCCCGUCACAAAUCAACCAAGAGCUUGCCCCGGUUUGCCGAGCCCUACGACGAACCGCAGCUUCCCUUCCCCUCGGCAUUUGCCAUCCAGCCCUGGCUGUCCCGAAAUACCACGACCACUAGUAUGCUGUCCGAUCCCCCCAAUCUCGCUUCCCUUCCGACGAUCACCCUUCCCUCGGAGCCACCCGACGAUACUCUCUCAGGAUCGGCCCGCUCUUCGGUCUCGUCGAUAGCGCCGUCCUUCAUCGCUCCAUCACGCACCCGACAUGGCCUUUUGCGCGAGGAGUCCCAUCCUGGCUCGCCGCCAUUCUCGAAUCAACCUGUCAAGGACAGCCCCACGUCGUCGGGGAGCUCGGGCUCGAGUAGUCCGUCUCGCGAGCUAUCGUCUUCCGAAGACCUCAACAUCGCGGCGCAGCGACAGCCGCCUCUGAAUCUACUCACGGCGACCCCAUGGAACAUUAGCCGACUGGUGCUGCGGCUGGGACCCGUUGUGGAUGCCUUUGAUAUUGCGGUCGAUGUGCUGCUCUGGACGUAUCCCUUCCGAACCGGCAUGAUCUGUAUUGGCUGGAUUGUUCUCUGCACCUAUCCCAUCCUGGGCUUCAUUAUCCCACAAGCGUGCCUGAUCCUCUAUAUGCUGAGCAGAUACAAGACCUCCAGCCAUCGUCGUCCGCUCCCAACGCCGCCCAUCGAAGAGCUCGAAAGAGUAACCUCGAGCACUAGUCUCCUCAGCUCCAUACCAACCGUCAAUCACCAGCAGUACCAGAAAAACCUCAAAUUCAUGCAGAAUCUCAUGGUGAUCUACUGCGACCUCUACGAUCGGGCUGCGGCAGUCCACCAGACCCUGGACUGGCACGAUUCGGAACUGACCACCCGAUGGCUUCGAGUCAUUGCCCUUGCCAUUCCGAUGGCUUACGCCGUCGUCCUGGUUGUGCCUGUGAGGACCAUCGUGAUGGUGGCCGGAUUGAUGGUCCUGAUGAUGCACACAUCGCUCUUUAGGACACUGAUGAUGGUGCUGCCGUCGUUCAUCUGGAAGCGUCUGGUCAACUGGACCAGCAGACUGAUACGAACCUUCCCGGCCCCGGACUCUGCCGUGGACCUGGGUGUGGUCGAUGACUUUGAGGGAGCAACCCCAGAAGAGGAGAAGGCCAAGUCCGAGACGAUGGCCGUCGAUGUCUAUGAGAACCAACGCUGGUGGAAUGAGUCUGGAUGGGCCGCCCGGCUGCUCAAGUCCGAGCGCCCUUGUUGGAGCGAUGUCACCGGCAAACUCACUCGCCAUCCCAAGUCGCUGAUUGAGCUUCCCUCCAAGGACUGGGUCUGGGCGACCGAGUGGGUCGUCGACCGCGAGUGGUACCCCUGCGAUAAUGAUGGAUGGGUCUACAGCGAUCACAACUGGAAGAACGAAACUGAGGGCCAGUGCAUCACUUCGCUGACCAGGAGGAGACGCUGGGUGCGUUCAAUGAGGCCUGUCGAUGGAUCAAAAAAGACCACCCAUCUUGACUAGACACUGCAGCAGCGAAAGUACUGCUUCUGGGCCUAUCCCAUCCCGUAUGUGACGAAGCCGACCGGCAGCGCCGAUGAUACCGUGCAUCCAAGAAAUGCAUCCCUCCCCCGGCUGUUGAUCAUUCCUUUUCUGUUCUUGG